AUGUGGAAGGUGGAGGAUGUGGUAGACGUGAAGAAGUCGACGGUAGACUUUCGGCGUAUCGAUGAUGUUGAGAGCGAGGUUAUUGAGGCCAUGUCGCAACCGGACGACGCUGUGGUGCCUUACGAUGCUGAGGAGAAGUGGAAGCAUAAGUUGAUGUUUGAGCACAAGUUCAAAAAGGCACCCAAACACCUGACGUGGCGUGAACUCGGGGAGGAAAUUGAGUGUCUGGACUGCGUCAUUGAUGUGGACGAGCAUAGGCCGGAGGAGAUCUUUACCAUCUCCUUCUACUUUACUGACAAAAAGACAGGGACGCGCGACAUGCUGUGGAAGGCAAGAAACGAUGUGUCCUCGUCCGAGGGUUUUACGGAUCUGUUAGCAGCCAUUGGCGCAUGCCUGGGACGAGCGAGUAUGCACAGGACUAUUCGCUUUGAUGACUCCAUGGGGACGACGCGUGACAUCUCCAUCCGUAAGCUGUCACGGUAUACAUCGGAUAUCAUCAUUGCUUUCCGGCCAGCGGAGUCGUACAAUAAGUACGCGAGGAAAUCUGAGCAGGAUGAAUACGAGCAGAGUGUGGUGGAAGAGGGGAUGAGUAUGUGGGGAUUUCACCCAGCCCUGAUGGAUCCUGAGUACAACACCCUGGACUUCCAAGACCCACCUGGCACGUACACCACAGUUAUCUCUGCUCAUGCCUUCAGCUUCAUUUAUCUAAAGGCCAUUAAUCGUCUGCUUUCAAGGCCUCUGAAGGACUUUUAUCGACCCUCGCAGCUCAUGCGCACCGCGAAGGUGCGGACGGAAGAUGACUUGGGCCUUGCUCAUGCCAUGAAGGGGUGGAUGGGCAUUGAAGAACAAGUGUAUCCUCACUACACCCCGAUUGAGGCUAUUCAGGAGCACUGGUUGGGCAAGGAUGCACCCUUUAGUCUGGUUGCCAUGGUUAACAAGUUGCGAGAAAUGACGUACUUGAAGCGGCAGAAUCCGGAAUUCCAGUCUUGGUUGGCUGUACGCCACCACGACACACACAUCGCUCUUCGGAACAUUGGCCUUAAGCUGCUUGGUGUUGGAGCAAGCACCUUAUUUGUGCCGACGACACACAACGAGACGGUUAAUCGAUUGCUUCCCAAGUAUCAGCAGCGACGACUGGAGAGUAGCUUUUCUAUAAAUGCGCUUCUUGGCGUUCCCGAUGAAACGCGGCACAUUGGUGAGUUCAAGAAAUUGACCGGACGUGAUAGCAUCACCGGCAGUGAGCCAGGCAAGGAGAACAGCUUCGUGUCUGCUGGCGGCAAGAAGGAUGAUUAA